UCCAUGGAUGGUGACAGCUGAUGGCUCGACCGUCUGUGUAGUGAUCACAUUGUUGUGUAUUUGUAAAAUUCGUGAAUGUAAAGUGCUUAAAAUAUGGAAAUUGAACAAAGUGCAUCUAUUAAUGAUAAAAGUGAUGAAGAAAUAGCGAAAGAAAAUGAAGAAAGAAAAGAAAAAAAAAAAGAACGGAAUCGAGAAUACCAAAAGGCAUGGCGUCAGCGUAAAAAAGAUUUGAAAAAAAAAGAUUCGAAGGAGGAAAAAGAAGAAAAAAAAAGAAAAAGACAUUGUGAGAAUCAAAGAGCAUAUUAUCAACGUACAAAAGGUUUAAAGGAAAAUGACGAAAAUGUAGAAGAAUUGUUCCAAAAGCAAUUAGAUGAUUUGCAAAUGAAAAAAAAGAAAUUGGAAAGUAAUGAAGACCAAGAGAAUGUUCUGCAAUGCAGGGCUUUUCGAAAUUUAGAAAAUGUACAGCUCGAACAAAAUCAAUUCCUCACCCAACAACUUCGUAUAUAUGAAGAGAGUCACGAAUGUAUUACCCCCAAAGUCAUUUUACAUAGAACUACAGAUAUUCCAGGUGAUGGUAAUUGUCUUUUCCAUUCACUCAUACAUGUUCUGCAACUUAAAAUUUCGACUUGUGAUUUGAGAAGACAGUUACGUGAUUCACCUUAUUUAAACUCCUGCCACAAUCCACAAGAAGCAUAUAAUAUACUUUCAAGUAACAAUGAAUAUGGAGAUUUGGAUUGUUUAUAUUUGUUUGCAAAAACUUACAAUCAAAAUAUUUGUGUGCAUUACCACUAUUUCAACGUAAUUUCAAAAAAUAAAGAUACUCGAUUCUGUCAUUUUAAAGCAAAUGAUACACAUAAUUGGAUUCAUCUUGAUCUUCGUGAGCUACACUUUACGCCUUACUUCUCUGAUGAUGAAAAGAAGAAAGAAGAUGAAAGAAAACAAAAGCAGAAGAACAAAGAAUAUUCUAAGCGGUAUCGAGAUAAAAAAAGAACAUCAAAUAUACAAACAGCCCCGUCCGCCGGAGAUGUGUUGGAUGUACAACCAGUCAUUCAUACUUCACAAAUUGCAGACCCGUCCACCGGAGGUGUGCCAUAUGUUCCACCAGUUAUUUGUAGUUCCCAAAUUGCAGAUUUAUUGUCGAGAGAUGUACCUUCAAGUCCAUCAAUACAUUCUAACUACAAUUCUAUCGAAGUGCGUCAAAGGCAUUUUCCUUCUCAAGAUGUUGAAUCAUCUCCACCUAAUAUACAUCUUCAAACAUACUCUGCUUUUCAACAGAAUUCUUCUGCUCAUCAACAGUUUGAAAAUGAUUUUGUUAAAAAUGAAUUUGGUCAUGCUUGCGACAUUUGUGACAGACUGUGGUUUAGAAAAGAUUUGAAAUAUUUGCAAAACAACGAUGCAACUCCAAAAAUUGAAUUUAUAAGAACAUUGCUCUCGAACAUUGCUAUACUGACAAUAAAAAUAUGUUCGACUUGCUUUAAAGCCAUUCAAAAGCAAUGUAUCCCACAACUAUCAGUUUACAAUGGAUUCAAAUAUCCACCACUUCCAGACUGUCUUAAAGACUUUCCUUUGGACUUGGUAACUGAAAGACUUAUAUCGCCAAGGAUUCCAUUCAUGCAAAUUCGAAGGCUUCGGCAUGUUCACGGUCAAUAUGGAAUAUACGGGCAGGUGAUAAAUGUUCCAAUUGAAAUAAACACAAUGGUGCAUCAGUUACCAAGACAAGUGGAUGAUGAUCAUGCUAUAACAGUUCACAUUAAAAGGAAAAAAAUUCACAAAUCUAGCUACGUGUAUGGUAUAGUGACCAAGAGAAAAAUAAAAGUGUGGUUACGAUAUUUAAAGGAUACUCCUCUUUACAAGUCUUACGGCGUUUUAGUUGACGAUGAUUUUUUAAAUGAUAGAAGUUAUGACGUUGAAGAUGAAAUCAUCUUUGAUGAAGAUGGCGACAAUGACCUUUUAGAACAAAUACCCAUCGAGGAAAGUUUAAUAGCACAGCAGCAAACAUUGAUGUGGAACGACGAUAUGUACUUGAGAAUCGCUCCAGGCGAAGGUAAUGCUCCAAAGAGUUUGCUGUUUGAUGAACAUGCUGAAGAAUUAUCUUUUCCACAAAUAUAUCUGGGGCAUUUCAGAGAAUUUAGGAAUGCGGUCACACCCUUCAUGAUGGCUACGAGUGAAUUAAGAAGAUCUGAUAGACGCGGAGUAACCCCUCAACACUUAUUGUACAUGGCUAUGAAAAUAAUGAGAAUUAAAAUUAAGGACUCUCUUCACAUUGCAUUUAAGCAUGUCGGCCAAGGUAUUGCAAUAACUAAAGAGCAAAUAGAAUCUGAUGAUUAUAUUCACGGCUGCAUUGAAACUAAUUUGGCAUUCCUUCGUUCUAUUCCGAAUUCAGCAUACUAUUGGGCAGAAAGAAAAAGAGAUCUUUUUGCUAUGAUUCGUCAAUACGGUAAGCCAACUGUUUUCUUUACCAUAAGUGCUAAUGAAAUUGGAUGGCCUAAAUUAUUACAAUUGUUGCAUAAUUUGAAAAAUAAUGCGGAAAUAUCGGUUGAAGAGGCUGCAGAUUUGCAUUUUAUUGAGAAAAGCACUCUUAUUAAUGAAGAUGCCGUAACAUGUGCUAUAUACUUCAAUAAGUUAGUCGAAGUUCUUUUAAAAAUAUUACAAUCAAAAAGGCACAGUCCUUUCAAAAAAUACAGGAUUUUGCAUUACUUUAAAAGAAUUGAAUUCCAACAUCGAGGUAGUCCACAUGCGCAUAUUUUAGCUUGGUUAGAUAAUGCCCCAGAAGACGCCCUUAACAGAGAUUAUAAUGAAGCUAUCGAUCUUAUCGAUUUUCUGAUAUCAGUAUCUGCUGCCGAGGCUUCUGGUGAUAUCCGAUUACAAACUCAUAAGCAUACUUUUACUUGCUAUAAAGGUAUAGCAUCGAGACGACAACAAAAAUGUAGAUUUGACGCUCCGUUUAUGCCAGUUAAGAAAACCAUGAUUUUGACGCCUAUGCCAGAUACAGAAAAUGGUUUCCAACGGUACAAGGCUAAAUAUAAUUUAAUCCAAAAAAACUUGGAAAAAUACGAAUACAAUGGUUUUCAAUCGUUCUACGAUGAAAAUAAUAUUGCUUCAGAUGACGAAUAUGUCAACAUUAUUCGAGCAGGAAUUAAUAGACCACGAGUUUUUCCAAAACGUAAACCAUGUGAAAAGUGGAAUAAUCCAUUUAAUCCCUUCAUAUUCAACGUUGUUAGAUCCAACACUGAUUUCCAAUUUAUAACUGAAGAAUAUUCUUGUGCAGCUUACGUGGUCGAAUAUGUUAACAAAACUAAUAGAGGUGUUAGCAAUUUACAAAGAAAAAUAAUUGAAAUAAUGGAUGAACAUCCUGAGUUUAAUUUAUUUGACAUUACUAAAAAUAUUAGCAUUAAUCUUUUGAACCACACUGAGAUGACGAGUCAAGAGGCUGCAUGGUACUUAUUGAGAGAACCAAUGUCAAAAAGUUCAACUGUUAUUGUCUAUAUACCAACCAUUUGGCCAGUCGAAAGGCAUAGAAUAAAGAAGACAAUGAAAGAAUUAAGUGAACUAGAAGAUGAUUCAACCGACAUAUGGAAGGAAAAUUAUUUCGACAAGUAUGAAAAGAGACCUGAAGAUUUAGCAGGUAUUUCUCUUGCUCAGUUUGUUGCUAAAUAUUAUAAAAAUAACAAGGGUGACUAUGUACUCAGGGAAGAACCAAAAGUUAUACGAUAUCGCAAUUAUGAUAUGGGUACAGACUACAAUGAGUAUCGGAGAGAAAUGGUUACUUUGCACCUUCCAUUCCGUCAUGAAGAAUCGGAAAUUCUUGCAGAAUCGCGAUAUCUUCAGUUAUACGAAGAAAAUGAGGCACUUAUUCUAGAUCGAAGAAAAGAGCUCGAAUCAAAUCUUGACAUCGAAAAAACAUUGGAAAUCUGCAGGGAGUUAUGUCGUGAAAAUGUUUCCGAUGAUGAUGAGGAGAUAAACGACGUAGUUGGUAGAAUUCCUAAUGAAAACCCAUUUGCUGAAUUAUAUCAAAAUCCAAACGCAGAUUUAAAUGAUGAUUUACGCCUUGCGUUGUUUGAUAAGCUUGGAUCAAUUGCUAAAAAGAAAGAUAAUAUCUUACCUUAUCCAGAAUUUUAUGGGCUUAUGCGCAAAGCAAACGAGGAACAGCGAGAAAUUUUGUUUCACACUAUGCAUCAUUUAAUAUCAAACAACGAGCCAAUGCAACAACCAUUGUUGAUAUAUUUGACUGGGCCAGCUGGUAGUGGUAAAACGUUUGUAAUAAAAGCACUCAUGGAAAUUUAUAAUAGAUUUUCUGACACGGAUGGAAUUUUCAACGCAUACAUUGCUUGUGCUUCAACUGGAAAAGCUGCUACAGCCAUAGGUGGAACAACGGUGCAUAAUGCUUUAAGUAUAUCACUCUCAAGGCUAUUGCCACUCAACAUCGAAAAAGCUCAUCAAUACAGAGCGCUAUUUGAGUUCAUUAAGGUUAUUAUCAUUGACGAAGUAAGCAUGGUUUCAGCAGAAUUAUUAGAACAAAUUAAUGAACGUUUGAAGCAAAUCACUGGCUUGUUCACAAAAGCUUUUGGUGGAUUGGACGUGAUCCUUAUCGGAGAUUUGCGCCAAUUACCUCCUGUAAAAGCUACACCGAUCUUUAAGCAAAUUAAAAAAAAAAUUACUGGUGAAUCAAUUUGGCGAAAAUUUCAUCAAUUCGAACUCAAGAAGGUAAUGCGCCAAGAAAAUAGACUCUUUUCUGCCAUUUUAACAAAAAUCGGUGAUGGGUUCAUUCUAACAGAAGAAGAAUUAAAUAUGAUAGAAUCGAGAUUUGUAACUAAAGAACACGCACAAUCAGAAUGUCCGGAAGGAACGAGACUUAUGUUCACGAAUAAUAAGGUUAAUGAAUACAACAGUACAAUUUUGAACAGUUUUGAAAAUAAAAUUGUUUCAUUGGCAUCGGAUGUUUUCGUUGGUUGUCAUAAUGCAGAACAAGAAAAUUUUGUAAGGCAAAAGUUACAUAAAAUGAAACCUGACGAGACUGGUGGAUUACCUUAUGAACUAGUUCUAGUUCCUAACCGACCCUAUAUGAUAACCAUAAACAUAGAUGUCGCUGAUGGUUUAUCUAAUGGCACUGUAGGAAAAUUACUACUCAUAGAAUCUGAUAAAAAUGAUGAAAUCACAAGACUUUGGUUCAAAUUCUCAAAAUCCAUUGGUCAAAAACGUGCAACAAAAUUUAGAAGCGACAUUGCACGCUUGAAAAUCGACAAAGACGCUGUUCCAAUUUCUUUACAAUCAUCGUCAAUACCACUCAACAGAAAUAAAACUAUAGUGGCAAAAAGAAAACAUUUUCCACUGAUUUCGGCUUUGGCGAUGACAAUUCAUAAAUCCCAAGGAGGUACGUUUGAUGCUAUCGUUUAUGAAUACAAUCGUUCUCAUUCAAGAGAAUUGGUGUACGUUGCGCUAUCAAGAGUAACUAGUAUAGAAGGUUUGUUCUUAGUCACUGAAGACGACACAAGGGCGAGCUGGAAAUUUCAUCAUGGCAGAGUAGGAAACGCACAGGUGGAAGAUUCAAACGCAACAAAAAAUCAAAAGAGAUCAACAACUCAUCGAGAAGAUUUAUCAAUUGAAUUGAAACGUUUACGUGAAAAUCCUUUGCAAACCAUCACCAAAACACUUGUAGAUUUUAUUUCUAAGAAUAAUAGAUUGUCUAUUUUUUCAUUCAAUUGUCAGAGUUUACGUGCGCAUGUAGAUGAUCUAGCAAUUGACGCUCUUGUUAAAAAGAUGAAUGUGUUAAUUUUAUCAGAAACUCAUAUGGGUAACAAUGAAAUAAUUGACAUUCCGAAUUAUAACUUUGUUGCGAGUUUCAGAAGAAAUAAUCGUCCCGCGGGAGGAGUAGCUAUUUAUCAAAAUAUGAACACAGUUCAUUAUUGCACAAAUUAUAUGGAUGUACAUGUGAAAUACAACAGCAUGUUUAAUGCCACUGUUUCUGAUAUCGGUGAUAUUUGUAUAAGUCGUUGCCACUCUGGUGAUAAUCAGUUCAUAAUUAUGGUUGCCGUUUACAUCUCUCCAGAUAAGUCAUUGCGUGCUAUACGAGACUUCUUGUAUGAAAAUUUAUUCAUUUAUUCUCAUGAUGCAUCUGCAUUGCUUAAAAAAAAAAUUGGAAAAAGCUUUGAUGAAUUGCCAAUGAUUUUGAGUGGAGAUUUCAACAUAAACUUCGCAGACGAUAAAAAUCAACUAUUAAUUGAAUUUUUAAAUAAUGAAUUUGGUUUAACUAUGUCAAAUGAUCGCAAUCUUAGCACAACGAAAUACAAAACUACUAUUGAUGCGGUCUUUAUUAGACAUUUAAAUAGGUUCGAAUCAAAACUGUUCGUUUCUUACUUCAGCUACCAUAAACCUAUCGUAUCAGUUUUAGAGAUUGGCGAUGAUAGUUCUGGUAAUGAUGAUGGUGAAAAAGUCGUUGAAAUUAUGGAUGAAAGUUGA